CGCUCGGAAUUUUCAACCAAGUAUUAACAACGGAGUGUUUUAUGUAAGCAUAAGUAGUUAGCAUGUCGAUGUGCCCUUAGAAACAAUCCCUUCAAAAAUAAGUGUGCAAGAAUUUUUUUUCUUUGAAGGUAUCAACAAAUGGUUAGAGAUGUUAAAUUUGUCACCGUCAAUCUAUCGGACCGUUAAUGAUGGCGACCGGCCUGUAACAAGCAAAAAGGUAUACUCUAGGAGGCCUUGGUAUGCGCCGCCGAUCGAUCCUAUCGGAAUAGAGAAGGAAGAAGGUCAGUACAAUUUAGGAUACGACACGGAUUACAAUAGUGAUCCAGGCGAGGAAUACUAUGGUAAUAUAGAGGAGGACCCAGUGACCUCCGUGCAAGUAGAGGCCUUAGGACACUUUGAGGCGUCUUCAUCUAACCCCAGAUACGAACAAGCGCCCACCAGUCCUGUCACAGAGUUUUCGUUCACGAAUACUGUUAAUUUAAGAGAAGCAGUGCUAGUCGCUUUGGGUGGUGCAAGCGCAGCGGUCAUCCUUCUCCUCGUGAUGGCGGGCGUGUUCUGCGCUCGGCGCCGCAAGAAUAGCCCCUCCCCCGUCCCCUCGCCGCCAAUUCUCGUCUACCCUCCACAUGAUAUAACUGCGCCGUGCUAUUUGACUAAAGAAGUGAACUUUUCCCUGCCUACCCUGCGUUCGUCGUCGCUCGGCGAACUCCGUGACGUCAGCGUUUCGAGUUUGAACAGUGACGUGCUGUGCCCGCCUGUGCCCACGCAAUAUCGGUCCAACUCUUUCACGAAUACAACAGAGAUCGGCGUGUUGGACCCCGCGCUGUACAAAGCGGACUGCCAUGUGGAGGAUUAUUUAUGGCCUGAGGGUCACGUGGGACGAAUAUGGUUCACCCUGAAAUACGAGUCUGAAACUGAAAGGCUGCAAAUCCACAUUAUAAAGGUUAAGCACUUGCCGUCUCGUACACCGGCGUUGGCGAAUGCCUGUGAUCCGUAUAUAAGGAUCCAGUUGAUGCCCGACGAGAGACGAGUGCUGCAAACUAAACAAAAGAAAAAGACUUGCAAUCCCUUCUUUGACGAGACUUUCGUGUAUCAGAUACCACCAGGUAAACUAGAGAGUCUUACACUAAAACUAUCAGUAUUAGACACUGGUCGUGUGGGGAGGAAUAAACCCUUGAUUGGUCAUGUUAUACUUCCAUUGAGCGAGCUUGAAGGUGUGGCGCCUGAUGAGGAACCGCAGUUGUACAAAAUGGAUAUUGAAAAGGAGAUACAAGAGCCGACGUCCGACCUGGGCGAGGUGCAAGUCUCUCUGCUAUAUAAUGAAAACCUUCAUCGCCUAACCGUCACCGUGAUAGAAGCAAGAGGGCUUAAGCUGGACCCCACAAGCAAACGCGAAAUGGUAGCCCGAGUUACCCAAGAGCGGGCGUGUCGAGGUGUUAGAGCAAGACGCACAGCCGCAGUGGAAGUUUCCGAAGAGGGAACUGCUCUAGUGUCAGAAUGCUUCCACUUUCGACUGCGAGCUGAUGAACUGCACACUACAAGUGUUACUGUUCAAGCGCUACAACCACACUCCGUGUAUGCCAAAGAUCGUCUGCUGGGUAAGUUCGUGUUAGGCUCGUACAUGUUCGCUCGGGGCCGCGCGCUGCAGCACUGGAACUCGGCGAUUGGCAGCCCCAUGGAACAGGUCAAACAGUGGCACCCGCUGACUAACUGAAUAAUAUGACUAUGGACAACCGAUUGUAGAUACGCAAUUGUGGAUAACUCUACUUGCUAUGUUUGUUUUGGGUAGAAAAGUUGUUAGCGCUGUAUAAUUUGGUUAUGAUACUCUAUAGUUUUAAAAACAUUUUUGAAGUGAAACUUCUUGGCGCGUUGAGAGAAAUAUUUCAAGGUCGCGUCAUGGUAAUACCGUGACGUCAUAGAUUAAAGUGACGAUUCUUUGAAUCUUUGAAUCUUGCCGAAGAAGUUUCACUUCUGACACGUAUGCUCGGCACACAGUCACGCUCUUUCUUUUAAACUUUUUUUUAAGUAAGUAGUU